AUGUCCUACCCUGUCUAUUAUCAGCAAGAUUACGCCUCCAGGCCGUUCCAACAAAUGGGUCCCUCCGUCGUUGACAACUCCCAAUUCCAACAAAGCCUGGGCUACUACAACCAACAGGUGCCCCAGCAAGUGCCCCAGCAGAUGCCCCAGAGAAUGUCUCAGUUGGUGGACUACUACCAGAUCCAAAAUAACCAAAACAAUCAACAACAAAACAGACAGCUGCGGCCCAUGGCGUUGCCUCAGAUUCACACUAGCAAUACCCCCCAGCCUUCACAACAACUAGACACUCCUUCGUCCAAUGACCCCAAGCUUUCACCUCCAGCAUUUCUGUUGCAAGUGCCCUCGGUGCCUCAAAUGAACCUUUCGGGAAUGGCCCAGCCCGUUGCUCAGCCAUAUCAACAAAACUACCAGCAGCCACAAAAUGCCAUUCUCGUGCAACCCGUCAUGACCUCAAGGUACCUGCCUUUGGCCAGUGCCCCUCAGGGAGCCCCAGCAUCUUCCCCUGGCCACGGAUACCCGCUUAGUCCGAGCCUGAUGAGUGGCGAGGCUCACAGAAGAGAUAGCGACGAGCUGCUCAAGGUUCCCGGAACAGGAAUCAACUACAACUCGCUUGUCAGCUACACGGUGUCGCCAGCCAGCCGGCGCCGCAGACGCCUGGACUACAAGAUGGUGGGCACGGAUUCCGGAUUGGCCAAGCAUACGUGCCAGACUUGUGGCAAAACCUUCCCCAAGCCAUAUAACCUCAAGCUGCACAUGAAGACCCAUUCCACCGAGAGACCUUACAAGUGCCUGAUGUGCCCCAAGCUGUUUGCCCGUUCUCACGACCGCAAGCGCCACGAGCAUCUCCACCAGGGCGUCAAGAACUUCAAGUGUGAAGGCUUCCUUAAAGACGGCACUACCAAGUGGGGCUGUGGAAAGACGUUUGCACGUCUGGAUGCCUUGGCACGUCAUUUCCGGACUGAAACAGGCUGGCUCUGUAUCAAGCCGUUGAUGGACGAGGCCAAGGAUGUGGAACUGGGCCGUUUACAAGCCGAACACCCGCUGUACUUCCAGCAUUCGAUUGCGCUCCCGCCGCUUCGCCAGCAGUGA